GGCUGAUAAGAAAGCUCGUCACGAUGUUUGUGUAGGAAGUACUGGUGUGACCCGUCACACUUCCCAUUUAUUCGACUUUCUCUGUUGACAGUGUAGACGUGCGUUCUUGCGUUAUUUUUAGCUCAAACCCCACAUUGUGAUUCACCGCGUCUAAUUACAUGGGGUGUUUUAUACUGAAACAAAAACGCGCAAGAGAACCUGGAAGGGUAUUGUCAAAAUUCAGAUGUUAGUGUUGGAUAUUGAAAAGCAAUGUUGAAGCAGUGUCAGCCUACAAAUGCGUGCUUUGCGUUUACUGCUGCUUUUCUCCUCCGUUGCUCUGCAAUGGGAUCGUGCCAGCUGCCAGAAAUCUGUUUACAUACAACUCAUUCCCCCUCCUGGGAAUGCGCGGAGUUCACACGGACCUACAGAAGUUACACCGAGCCGCAAAGGAGAUGAGUGUGAUGUGGUGAUGAACGUGUCUGCCAGUCAGAGAUGCGAGUAUGUGAAGAAUACACCGGAUUGUGCUUCAGAUGAAGGAUUCAUCAAAUACCCUUUUGUCACCUUUUGCCUAUUCACACCAAGUCUUCUGCCCCUAGCCAUCACGAUCUAUGUUAUCUGGCUGUUGUUUUUGUUCCUCGUUCUUGGACUGAUUGCAUCAGACUUCUUUUGCCCAAAUCUCUCUGCCAUUGCCUCCACACUAAGACUUACUCAUAAUGUGGCUGGAGUGACGUUCCUGGCUCUUGGAAAUGGGGCUCCAGAUGUGUUCAGUGCCAUGGCUGCUUUCUCUCACCCUCAAACUGCUGGUCUGGCCAUUGGAGCACUUUUUGGAGCGGGAAUCUUUGUUACAACAGUGGUCGCGGGGAGUGUUGCUCUGGUUAAACCUUUUACUGUGGCGUCUCGUCCAUUCCUUCGUGAUGUCAUUUUCUACAUGGCUGCUGUGUUUUGGACCUUCACUGUCCUGUAUAAAGGCCACAUUUCCUUGGGAGAAUCCGUGGGUUAUUUGGGGAUGUAUAUUGCAUAUGUUUUUACUGUGAUUCUGAGCUCAUACAUUUACAACCGUCAGAAGCAUCAGCUAACAGAAUCACCCCAGAGCUCCGACAGAGAACAGGGAGGGAUUCUCUCAUCUGAUCUUACAUACAGAGAAACUGUCAGCAUACAAGCUCAUGGUGUGUUAUUUCUUCUUAACCUAAAACAUUGUUGACUAACAAGUUUCAGUGGGUUAU